UUGUGUCAGUCCGCUAUUGCUGUGGAACAAAAAAGCCCACAAAGUCUUAGUGACAUAAAAAUAUAAGCAUUUAUAUCACUCAUACAUGUAUGGGUUGUUGGGGACAGCUGAUCUGGGCCUUUCCCCUGUAUCUUAUGCCUCCCUUUUACCAGUGGGCUAACUUGGGCAUGUUCUUCCCAUGGCAAUGAUGGGACACAAGGUGUCAAGUAGCAACACACAAUGCCUCUUAAGGCCUAGGCUCAGAACUGGGAUAUUGUUGAUCCUGCCCACAUUCCAUUGUGCACAUAUGGUGGGAGGUACAAUCUACCUCUGGUGGGAGGGACUACAAAAUGAGAUAGCAAAGAGCACAGUGGAUUAAAGAAUUGGAACAAAUAGUUUUCAAUUUUUACCACAGAAUCACAUGGACAUAUAGCCAUAAGCUAUAAAGCUAAGCACGGUAAACCAUCUAUACAGACCCCUCAGAGGAGGCUGCAGGGAUGAUAGGCAGUCUGAGGCUCCUCAGAAAGAUGCAGGGUGACAAGUUAAAGGAUACUUUUGCAACAUGUACAAGCAACCGCUACCAGGAUUUAAAAUAUGCCUUCUAAAACACAGGAGAAUGUAAAAAAUUUCAUGCAAAGAGGCAGAAAACUUAAUGAAAAGAGACAUCAAAAACAACAUGGAGAUCUUUUUAAAGCAUUAAACAAGACAACAGAAGCAAAACCAAAUAUCAGUUAUCACAAUAAUUGCCUAUGAGUCAGAGGCAGACAGUUGGGAGAGGUUCAAAGUAUUUUUUUUUCAGGCAUCCUCUGAUUCAAGAGGUAAAUUUUUCAUAGAUUUUUCUCAAUCCAGCUCCUCUGUCUUAUAAGUAGUAGGAAUCCCUCCCAGAUUCUGGCAUUCAUUUUGAGUGGUAAGUUUUCUCCAUUUUCCAUGUCUCUGUAGUGGUUUCAGUGGGCUGUUGGGACAAGCUACAACAGAGGCCACUGGCUGGAUGCCCCUUUCUGUGUGACAUUCUCAUCGCGUGCCCUCUGAAGUCCCGCAGCACUUCCUGCCACCCUCGUCUCUUCCACGGCACCACCACAUCCUAUUUGGGCCUUUGCUCUCCUUUUUGCUUCGGAGGCCCAUGUCUGGGUCUGAUGCAUGCAACUGUGAAUCCCCACAGUCUCCAGCACAAGGUCCUGUCCACAGCAAGGGCUUAAUGAAUCAAUCUCUGCAUCAAAAAGACUCUCUACAAUGCAGUCGACAGAAACACAACUCUAACUGCUUUACAUAAUCAAAAUUUUCCAAGGAAUGAUCAGGCUUCAGGCAUCGCUGGAUCUGCAAGUUCAAUGAUGUCAUCAAGACUUAGUCUCUCUCCAUCUCUCGAUUGUUCUUUCCUCUGGAUUGACUUCACUCUCCGACAGGAAGACCCUCCCUCGUGACAACAAUAUGCCACCAGCAACAUCAGCACCCCAACAAAAACAGAACUUCUUUGACCUCAGAUUGUCAACAACAAAAACCAGAAAUUGAUUCUCACGAAACUGGCUUGGAUCAUGUGGCCAUCGCUGAAUCAGACACAGAGGUCAGGGGAUGGAAUGCUCUAAGCAAUCAGGCCUCAGUCCAGAGCCCACCCUGAGAGACAGGCAGUGGCCUCAACCAGAGGAGGGUUUGAUAAACAAAUAUCAAAAAGAAGAAAUAAAAGGACAACGAAUGUCCACUACCAUCUUCUUAGUUUCUUUCCAGGAAGAACCCUCCCCGUGAGACUAACAGAAACAAUGAGGCCACCAUACAUCUGCUUAGUGCAUCCUGGUUUACAAAAUACUUCUCAUGUCGUCCCAUUUAAUCCUCACAACCAGCCCACAAGCCAAGUGGCAUCACUGUACCCUUUACACAGCUGAGGGUACUGAGACUUAGAGAUAUUAAGGGGCUUGGCUAAGUCACAGAGCAGGUAAGGAGCCAACAGAGGGGCUAUGGAGAGGUGUGUGCAGAAAAAGAGGAAGAACACACUGACCCCAGGCAACUUCCUCUGUGUGUCAGGCUCCCCCACCUCCUCUACCACAUCCUUCCCUUCACCUCCCCUCCUCUUUGCCCGUCUCCUGCCUCCCUCCCUCCCGGUAUCAUUGAUCCUGCCAGUUUCUGCCACACCUCUUCCCCGACCUUUGUACCUUUGCUCCUCGCUCCAGGCUUGUUUUCCUCUGGAGCUGGGAACCAGGGCUCACUUUCACUCACUGCCUGUCCUCCCCAGCUGCCUCGCCAUGUGUACGGGAAAGUGUGCCCGCUUUGUGGGGCUCUCCCUCAUCCCCCUUUCCCUGGUCUGCAUUGUGGCCAACGCCCUCCUGCUGGUGCCUAAUGGGGAGACUGCCUGGUCCGACCACCUCAGCUUGCAAGUCUGGCUUAUGGCUGGCUUCAUCGGUGGGGGCCUGAUGGUACUGUGUCCGGGAAUCGCAGCCGUUCGGGCAGGGGGCAAGGGCUGCUGCGGUGCAGGCUGCUGUGGAAAUCGCUGCCGGAUGCUGCGCUCAGUCUUCUCCUCGGCGUUCGGGGUGCUUGGUGCCAUCUACUGCCUCUCGGUAUCCGGAGCCGCACUCCGAACUGGACCCAAAUGCUUAAUGAGCGGCACGUGGGAUUACCACUUCGCAGAGACCUUAGGCUCUUACCUGCUCAACCGUACCCUGUGGGGUCUGUGCGAGGAGCCGCCCGGUGUGGUCUGCUGGAAUGUGACACUCUUCUCGCUGCUGGUGGCUGCCUCGUGCCUGGAGAUCGUGCUGUGUGGGGUGCAGGUGGUGAACGCGACCGUUGGUGUCUUCUGUGGCGAUUGCAGGAAGGAGGUGGGACGGCGUGGGGUGGAUUUGUAGAGGGCACCUACUUGCUCCCUGGCUGCGUCCUCACUUUCUCUUU